AUGGUGCGCUAUGAGCAACGAUGUUGCCAACUAUUAUUAUCACAAAAGAUGGUAACAAAGGUUCUCAAAGCUCACUUUGUGAAAAGGUCUUACGUCCUUCAGGUGUUCUUCAGUGAGCGGCGAACGGAACCGAAGACAAGGGGCAAACGGUAUGCAAGAAACGUUGCGUUGAUGGGGGAGGAAGACGCAGCAAGACGAAGUAUCGAAGCCGUUGUUCCGUCGAUGCCGUUGCUUCGUCGAACACAGAACAAUAAUACAAAGGAAGACAUUGCAAUACGACGUAUAUAUAGGCUGAAGAAGUGGCGGGAGCAAGGAGAGGAGCAGAAUCUAUAG